AUGACAAUCGUUGAUCCAUACUACAAGUUUAUAUGCGUAGAUAUCGGUGGCUUCGGGAAAAAUAGUGACGGAAGAAUAUUCGAAGCUUCUACCAUGGGACAACGAUUUGAAGCUGGGUUGAUGCACAUUGCAGAAGAUAAGCCUCUACCUGGACAGAGGGAACCAUGCCCUCAUGUUUUGAUUGGAGAUGAAGGAUUUGCCCUUAAACCCUACCUAAUGAGACCGUUUCCAUAUAGACAGACGAAAGCAGACGCUAGAAAAGAAAAAUACAAUACUGGGCUGUGCAGGGCGCGGAGAGUAGUGGAAAAUCUUUUGGGAUUCAAAAGUGAAGAAUUUUUUAUAGGCCCAUGGAAACGAAAACAGAUACUACAAUUUUAA